CAUGUACCCCAUGGUAACUGCUUUUAGUUUAACCACUAUCCAAACAACCUUCCUGACAUGGUAGGACCUGCAGGGACAGAGCCCCCCAGUCAGUUUAGCCUGUUGGGUCAUUACGGUAUUCAAGCCAGACCACCACGACAAGGUAGCAGUUAUCGGCCGAGCCUGUCACACUUGGUCGACACUGGACAUCGCAUCAACGUCAACACAGCUUUCUCGGUUAUAUACCGAAUUCCGAAGACGCUAUCACGUACAGUUCGCUUACGUCUGCUGCACAUAGCUGAAGCUGUUGCAAUAAGAUCGACUAAACCGGAACUUUGUAUCCAAAAUGAACACGUCCAGACGUUGUUUCUACCGUGGCCAACCUUGGAUUGAAGAUUUUUCUUCUCACCAAGAGUCCUCCUUACCCUUAACCCUCUUGGUUUUUUUUUCUUUACUUUUACUUUGCUUAUUAUUAUAAAUAUUAUUAUGAUAGUUAUUAUUAUUAUUCGUCAUAAUUUAUGCCCUUUAUGCGAACAUUCCCUCAAUACUAUCGAAUUUUUCAUUUAUACUAUCUGGACUUAUUAUUAGUGAUAUUAUC